AUGAGGAGUGAAGUUCUUGGUGAGGGGCUGCUUCAUGCGAGCCCCUGGUGUCGAUUUUGGCAAUUUUUGGUCGAUUGGGUGAUUUUUGCCUUAGAUUCUCUUUCUACUCCCCCUUGGGCUUCUCCUAUCAUCCAUGCACCCCCAACUUGCUUGCCAUUGCCAGUUUCAAUAAACUCGGCAUCACGCGCUUUCAUCAUCCAGGGCUUGAAUCAAGGAUGCGCAAGGCUCCCUCGGCGUAUACUCCCACGAGGGCAAGGACCGGCAGGGCAACAAGGCGCUUACGAACAGCUGCGUUGCCUCCGGGGGCGUGACUACGAGUACAGUGUUGACCACGCCAACUUCUCAAAGAGCUCCCUACGGUGGCCGGUAGUCGCAUCUCCAACAUCGGAAAAAUCGGAAGAAUGGGAGGAGGUGGGGCCAAUAUUCGCGCCGCGCCAGUCCAAGUCUGGACCUGGUUAUGCUGGCCAUGCCAAUGAUCCCAACAUGUCACCAUUCAAAGACCACAUGAUUCGGGAGCGGGUCUCGACGAAGGUUGCUGGCUGCAUACAUCCCUUCGAAAAGAUCGGGAAAGUGAACAAGACCGGCACGAAGCGUUACCUCUCCGGUCAGGCAUUGUGGGAUAAGAGAUAUGCCAAGGAUGUCCAGCGCGUUGCGAAGAAUCGGCAGAAACACCUCAAGCUUGCGAAAGAAGAAACGCAAAAAUCUCUUGAGAAGUUGAAAGCUCGCUUCGACUACAUGAAGAUGCUGGUAACGGAGGCUCGGUUGCGGAGUGUAGUCCUAGUUCCUCUGACAGCGUGGACAAGUGGGAUAUAA